AUGACCCCAGCGAUCCCACACGGCAGAGGGCAGCUUCAAGUCCGUGGGAAAUGUCCACCUGGACCCAAGGUCUGGAAAGGCCGCACGCCCCUGAGGUCCGCACCCCCGGCCUCUGGCUGGGCUGCCCGUGACCCCGGGGCCUCCCGCCGCUCCACGGGGGAGACCCUGAAGCAGCGCUCUCGUCACCGGCUGUCACUGCGCUUCCCAGAAACCACCCUCAGUGGACGCCCACGGGCGAGGCGGACACGAGGGGACGCGCUCGCCUCUGCCCUGUUUCUCCUUGCAGCGGAUGGCGACUGCAGCGGCGGCGGCCCGCGGAUCCUCCGGCCGGCGGCGUGGGAGCGGAGGGGCGCGCUGCAGACCCUCAGGAGGGACGCGUGCGUCUCCGAUCCCUUGCUGUGCCACGGCCUCCGGGAUGCCCACCACGAGCCCUGCUGCUGUGCGGGCCGCGUCGCAUCUGGCCGCCUGCCUGUGCCCAGGGCCCAGGCCGUGCUGCCCUACUGGGUGCCUUUAUCCCUGCAGCCCCGGCAGCAGAUCCAAAAGAUGCUGCAGUUUCUUGUCUCCCAGACCUUGAACUCACGCCCUUGCCUGUGCCACUGCUUCAGGGUCCACUUCCCUGUGUCCAGGAGUCAAGUGCUGCUGCCCUACUGGGUGCCCCGCAUCCUGAGGUUUGCGAAGAAGGUGGUGAAAAGGCAGUGGAGUUUUAGGGGCCUCCAAGAACGGCCCCUGGACUUGCGCCCUUGCUACAACUGCUGGAGAGUCUGCUGCAGCGGGCGCCUGCUGCUCGAGUGGCAGCAGCUGCAGGCCCUGUGCCAGGACGAGCUGGAGACCCCUGGGAAGACAGGCAGCCCCCCGGACUCCCUCCUGCCUGUCAGCUUUACCUUCCUGGCCUGCCUGCAGACUGUGCUGAGGGCCAUUCGGCAGUUAUUUUGGGUUUGAAGUUGGACCUGAG